GCUGCUCCGCUCGGAAUUGAUGUCCGCAGGAGGCUAAAAGGAGCGCACCCGUCGGACACUCCCUCUUUUCCUCCUUGGCGGCGGCGGAGGCAGCAGCAGCAGCAGCAGCAGCAGCAAAGACUGCCGCGGCGGCAGUAGCUGAGGAGAGCAGCACGGCGUCCUGGGGACUGCAGCAGUGGGCUCCCCGGCACUCAGUAGCAGACUGGAGGCAGGCGCGGGUUUGAGGAUUAAAAAUUGCAUGGUUACGCUUUUUCCGGGCCCGAGCAGCCGCGCUGCAUAGCGCGACAGAGAAACCUUGGGGACCAGGAACCGAAGGCACUGGUGGAGUUGAACCAGAGCGCAAGGGGCCCCUCUCAGGCAUUUUUUGGCGCCUCUGGGAAAAGAAGCGAUAGUCAUCUACCCACCUCGCCGCGUCCCUUACCAUGUUCAGCUGGGUGGUCACCGGGGCCGCGCUUUCCGUCCUACUGGGCUGUCUGCUUCUCACAGGAUCUAGCUCAGGAUCAAAACUGAAAGGACCUGAACUAAGUUUAAAAGGCACACAACAUGUCAUUCAAGCAGACCAGACGUUAUAUCUUAAAUGCAGGGGGGAAGUGGCCCAUUCAUGGUCUUUGCCUAAGACCGUGAGUAAAGAAAGCAAAAGGCUGAGCAUCACCACAUCUGUCUGUGGAAGGAACGGUAAACAGUUCUGCAGCACCCUGACUUUGAACAAGGCACAGGCCAACCACACGGGCUACUAUAGCUGCAAAUACUUAUCCACACCUGUUUCAAAGAAAAAGAGAACAGAAUCUACAAUCUAUAUAUUUAUUAAUGACACAGGUAGUCCAUUUGUAGAGCCUCACAGCACCAUGCCUGAAACUGUUCAUAUGACUGAAGGACAGGAAAUGAUUAUUCCUUGUCGAGUGUCAGCGCCAGACUUCACCGUUACUUUGAAAAAGUUUCAGGUUCCUGAUGUGAAAACUUUUAUUCCUGAUGGGAAGACAAUAAUCUGGGACAAUAAAAGGGGUUUUAUUGUACCAAAGCCAACAUACAGAUUUAUAGGACUUCUGAUCUGUGAAACAACAGUCAAUGGCCAUUUAUAUAGCACAAAUUAUCUAACAUAUCGACAAGACAACAAAAUUAUUGAUGUCCAGUUAAGUACACAAAAUCCAAUCAAAUUGUUGAAAGGUCAGACUCUUGCCCUCAAUUGUACUGUUACUGCUGCCUGGAACACAAGAGUUCAGAUGACUUGGAAUUAUCCUGGUGAAGCAAAUAAAAGAGCUUCUGUAACUCCCCGGUUUGAUACAAGUAAUACCCAAGCCAAUGUAUUCUACAGCACUCUUAUUAUUGACAAAGUGCAAAGCAAAGACAAAGGACUUUAUACAUGUCAAGUGAAGAGUGGACCAUCCUUCAAAUCUGCUAACACUACAGUGCAUGUAUAUGAAAAACCGUUCAUCACUGUGAAACAUCGAAAACAGCAGGUGCUUGAAACGAUAGCAGGCAAACGGUCCUAUCGGCUUUCCAUGAAAGUGAAGGCAUUUCCCUCACCAGAAGUUGUAUGGUUAAAGAAUGGGUUACCUGCUACUGAGAAAUGUGCUCGAUAUGUGGCCCAUGGCUAUUCACUAAUUAUCAAGGAUGUGGCAGAAGAGGAUGCAGGAGAUUAUACCAUCUUGCUGAGCCUAAAACAAGCAAAAAUUUUCAAAAAUCUAACAACCACUCUCAUUGUAAAUGUGAAACCCCAAAUUUAUGAAAAAGCUGUAUCAUCAUUCCCAGAUCCUAAUCUCUACCCACUGGGUAGCCAGCAGAGUCUGACUUGUACUGUUUAUGGUGUUCCCCAACCUACAAUUAAGUGGAUUUGGCAUCCUUGUAACCAAAAUCAUUCCAAAACAAGGUAUGACUUUUGCUCUAACAAUGACAAAUCUUUCAACUUGGAUGCUGACAGCAAUAUUGGAAAUAGAAUCCAGACUAUCACUCAACGUAUGGCCGUAAUAGAAGGAAAGAAUAAGAUUGCAAGCACUCUGGUUGUGGCAGACACUAGAGCUUCUGGAAUCUAUAGCUGUGUGGCUUCCAAUAAAGUUGGACACGUGGAAAGAAACAUUAGCUUUUAUGUCACAGAUGUGCCCAAUGGAUUUCAUGUUAACUUGGAAAAAAUGCCCGCUGAAGGAGAGGAUUUGAAAUUGUCUUGCAUGGUCAGCAAAUUCUUAUACAGAGACAUUACUUGGAUUUUGCUGCGAACAGUGAACAAUAGAACAAUGCACCACAGCAUCAGUAAACAAAAAAUGGCCAUCACCACGGAGUACUCUAUAACACUCAAUCUCACUAUCAAGAAUGUUUCCCUGGAAGAUUCAGGCACCUAUGCCUGCAGAGCCAGGAACAUUUAUACCGGGGAAGAAAUUCUUCAAAAGAAAGAAGUUACAAUUAGAGAUCAGGAAGCACCUUACCUCCUCCGUAACCUCAGUGAUCAGAUAGUGGCCAUCAGCAACUCCACCACUUUAGACUGUCAGGCAAAAGGUGUGCCAGAACCACAGAUAACCUGGUUUAAAAACAACCAUGAAAUACAGCAAGAGCCAGGUAUUAUUUUGGGCCCAGGAAGCAGCACGCUGUUUAUUGAAAGAGUCACAGAAGAGGAUGAAGGCUUCUACCGUUGCAGAGCCACCAACCAGAAGGGCACUGUCCAGAGUUCAGCAUACCUCACUGUACAAGGAACCUCAGAUAAAUCCAACCUGGAGCUGAUCACUCUGACAUGUACGUGUGUUGCUGCAACACUGUUCUGGCUCUUGUUGACUCUCUUUAUCCGAAAACUGAAAAGGACUUCUUCUGAAAUAAAGACAGAUUACCUAUCAAUUAUAAUGGAUCCAGAUGAAGUUCCUCUUGAUGAGCAAUGUGACCGUCUACCCUAUGAUGCCAGCAAGUGGGAGUUUGCCCGAGAAAGACUUAAGCUGGGAAAAUCACUUGGACGUGGAGCUUUUGGAAAAGUGGUCCAAGCAGCUGCAUUUGGCAUUAAGAAAUCGCCCACGUGCCGGACAGUGGCUGUGAAAAUGCUGAAAGAGGGGGCCACAGCCAGUGAAUACAAAGCUUUGAUGACUGAGCUUAAGAUCCUGACCCACAUUGGACAUCAUCUGAAUGUGGUGAACCUGCUGGGAGCCUGCACCAAACAUGGAGGUCCUCUCAUGGUGAUAGUUGAAUACUGCAAAUAUGGAAAUUUAUCCAACUAUCUCAAGAGCAAAAGAGAUUUCUUCUUUCUCAAUAAGGAUGCAGCCUUGCAGACUGAGCCCAAGAAAGAAAAGGAAUCUGAACUUGAGCAUGGCAAGAAACAAAGACUGGACAGUGUCACCAGCAGCGAGAGCUUUGCAAGCUCCGGAUUUCAGGAAGAUAAAAGUCUGAGUGAUGUUGAGGAGGAAGAGGAGGAUUCUGAUGAUUUCUACAAGCAACCCAUCACCAUGGAAGAUCUCAUUUCAUACAGUUUUCAAGUGGCCAGAGGCAUGGAGUUCUUAUCUUCUAGAAAGUGCAUUCACCGUGAUCUGGCAGCCCGAAACAUCCUUUUAUCUGAAAACAAUGUAGUGAAGAUUUGUGACUUUGGACUCGCUAGAGAUAUUUACAAGAAUCCUGAUUAUGUGAGAAAAGGAGAUACCCGGCUUCCUCUUAAGUGGAUGGCUCCUGAAUCCAUCUUUGACAAAAUUUAUAGCACUAAAAGUGAUGUAUGGUCUUAUGGGGUGCUGCUAUGGGAAAUAUUCUCUUUAGGUGCUUCUCCAUACCCAGGAGUGCAAAUUGAUGAAGAUUUCUGCAGUCGUCUGAAGGAAGGCACAAGAAUGAGAGCUCCAGAAUAUGCUACUUCUGAAAUCUAUCAAAUCAUGUUGGAUUGCUGGCAUAAGGAUCCCAAAGAGAGACCAAGAUUUUCUGAAUUGGUGGGAAAACUAGGAGACUUACUUCAAGCAAAUGUGCAAAAGGAUGGUAAAGACUAUAUCCCCCUGAAUAAUAUACUGACAGGAAAUAAUGGGUUUUCUUAUUCCACCUCUGCCUUCACUGAAUCCUAUUUCAAAGAAGAUAAUUCAACUCCAAAAUUCAAUUCAGGAAGUUCUGAUGAUGUCAGAUAUGUAAAUGCUUUCAAAUUCACACACCCACAGAGAGUAAAAACCUUUGAAGAGCUUUCCCCAAAGGCUAUUUCUGUAUUUGAGGAUUACCAGGCAGAUAGCGGCAUGGUGUUGGCACCCCAAGAGCUAAAGCGCUUCACUUGGACAGAGAGCAAACCUAAGUCCACCUUGAUGUUUGGCUUAAAAGUGACCAGCAAAAGCAAGGAAUCGGGGCUUUCUGAUAUGACCAGGCCUAAUUUCUGCCAUUCCAGCUGUGGUCAUGUCAAUGAAGUCAAUCGCAGAUUUACAUAUGACAACUCCGACCUGGAAAGGAAGAUCUCAUGCUGCUCUCCUCCUCCAGACUACAAUUCAGUGGUCUUGUACUCCAAUCCUCCAGUAUAAAACUUUAGUAUAAAGAAAUAUUGCAGGAAACAAAUGCAUAUUUAUAUCUGAUAUAAAUUAGCUUUCUCCAGUGUAAUACACUUAUGUUUUAACCCCUUUCCUUUUCACAAGAGCCAUUUUAAUUUUUUUAAGAGUACUUUUCCAAACUAACAAAAAAAUAAAUAAAUAUAAGCAUUAACAGAGGCAUUCUCACUAAAGCCUCUAGAUAUUUAGUAAAGGAUCUAAAUUAUUUCUGGGCCCAACAGCAUAACCCUAUCCUCUUAGGCCCCUGGGGAGUCUCACACUUGGUUCAAUUGGAAAAUCAAGAAAGAAUAUUGAUUGUUCAGUGAAAGAAAUCAAAAAGGUAGCAUGAUAUAAAGAGCACUGACUUGGAGCCAGGGAUCUGGACCCAUAUUUCAGCUUAAUUUGGGAAAAUUACUUAGAUCUUGGUUUCCUGACCUAUAAAAUGAAAGUGUUGGAUCAGUUCUGAAGUCUACUUUCCUAUUUUCUAAGAGAGCAAUAACUAUCUUUGGUUUUUAUUCUAAAGCUCUCUGGGUUUUAGGUCUGGAGACCCAGCAGUAUUGAAACCAAGAACAGAAUUUUUUUUAAGCUCUGAGGGACAACAGCAAGCUAAAUAUUUAUCAUGGAAACAACAAGUAGACUCAAAAUAUAGGAAUGGGAUACAGGAGAGAAGAGUAGACAAAAGUAAGGAAAAGGCCAAAAAAAAAAAAAAAAAAAAA